ACCACCAGAUACUUUCAAUUUGAAUCGUACAUUCGUUUUCUGCUCUUAUUUCUCUUUCCCUAUUCACAUUCUUCGCUUAGGGGUUUUCCCGAUCUCACCAUGGCGGAAGACUCAGCAGCAGCGCCUCCAUCUUCGGCUUCAUCAUCUGCUCCUCUUGGCUCCUCCGUGAUCUCCAUAGUCAACAAGCUUCAGGACAUCUUCGCUCGGGUCGGAAGCCAGUCCACCAUCGAUCUUCCCCAGGUCGCCGUCGUUGGGAGCCAGAGUAGUGGCAAGUCCAGUGUUCUCGAGGCUCUUGUCGGCCGCGACUUCUUGCCCAGGGGUAGUGAUAUUUGCACCAGGAGGCCUCUGGUGCUGCAGCUCGUGCAGACUAAGAGGAAGCCCGAUGGCACUGACGAGGAGUACGGGGAGUUCCUCCACUUGCCCGGCAAGAGGUUCUACGAUUUCUCUGAGAUUCGAAGGGAGAUUCAGGCUGAAACAGACAGAGAAGCAGGGAAUAAGGGCGUCUCAGACAAACAGAUACGGCUCAAGAUUUUUUCACCAAAUGUUCUUGAUAUUACACUUGUAGAUCUACCUGGAAUCACAAAGGUUCCUGUUGGAGACCAGCCUUCUGAUAUUGAAGCUCGAAUAAGAACAAUGAUUAUGUCAUACAUUAAAACUCCCACCUGUCUUAUUCUCGCUGUUACACCAGCUAAUUCAGAUUUGGCCAACUCAGACGCUCUUCAAAUGGCAGGGGUUGCUGAUCCGGAUGGCAACAGAACAAUAGGAGUAAUCACAAAGCUGGAUAUCAUGGACAGAGGCACUGAUGCUCGGAAUCUGUUACUUGGGAAAGUCAUUCCUCUCCGACUUGGUUAUGUGGGUGUUGUUAAUCGUAGUCAGGAGGAUAUCCUAAUGAACCGAAGUAUAAAAGAUGCUCUUAUUGCUGAAGAGAAAUUUUUUCGCAGUCGUCCAAUUUACAGUGGUCUAGCAGAGAGCUGUGGUAUUCCUCAAUUGGCAAAGAAAUUAAAUCAGAUUCUAGCCCAACAUAUAAAGGCUGUUCUCCCAGGGCUGAGAGCUCGUAUAAGCUCUCAACUGGUAUCUGUUGCAAAGGAGCAUGCAAGCUAUGGGGAAAUCACAGAGUCCAAGGCGGGUCAGGGUGCUCUUCUCCUAAAUAUUCUUUCAAAAUACUCUGAAGCAUUUUCCUCCAUGGUAGAGGGUAAGAAUGAGGAGAUGUCAACAUCUGAGUUAUCUGGUGGAGCCAGAAUUCAUUAUAUUUUUCAAUCUAUAUUUGUGAAGAGUUUAGAGGAGGUGGAUCCUUGUGAGGACUUGACUGAUGAAGAUAUUCGAACUGCUAUACAGAAUGCAACUGGGCCUAAAUCAGCAUUAUUCGUUCCAGAGGUACCUUUUGAAGUCCUUGUGCGACGGCAAAUAGCUCGUCUGUUAGACCCAAGCCUUCAGUGUGCAAGGUUCAUAUAUGACGAGUUGAUGAAGAUGAGCCAUCGCUGUAUGGUCAAUGAACUGCAGCGGUUCCCAUUUUUGAGAAAGCGUAUGGAUGAAGUAAUAGGGAACUUUCUACGAGAAGGUCUUGAACCCUCAGAGAACAUGAUUGGACACAUCAUAGAAAUGGAGAUGGAUUACAUAAACACUUCCCACCCAAAUUUUAUUGGUGGAAGCAAGGCAUUGGAGAUUGCAGGGCAACAGACCAAGUCUUCCAGGGUUCCUCUGCCAGUUUCCAGGCCAAAGGAUGGUAUGGAAUCUGAUAAGGGAUCAACCUCUGAAAGAAGUGUGAAGUCUCGGGGCCUUCUUGCAAGGCAAUUAAAUGGAGUAGUGGCUGAUCAGGGUGUUCGUGCUGCAUCAGAAGUUGAAAAAGUUGCAUCCUCUGGAAACACCAGUGCAACAAGUUGGGGGAUCUCAUCUAUUUUUGGAGGAGGUGAUAGCCGUGUGUCUACAAAGGAGAUCACAUCAAGUAAACCACACAAUGAACCAGUUAACACUCAUAGCAUGGAACAAUCGUUCUCUAUGAUCCAUCUGAGAGAGCCACCUGCUGUCUUGAAGCCAUCUGAGAGCAAUUCAGAGUCAGAAGCCGUAGAGAUUACAGUGACAAAGUUGCUUUUAAAAUCAUACUAUGACAUUGUCAGAAAAAAUGUUGAGGAUUUGGUCCCUAAAGCAAUUAUGCACUUCUUGGUAAACAACACAAAGAGAGAGUUGCACAAUGUUUUCAUUAAAAAGCUUUACAGAGAAAACCUGUUUGAAGAGAUGCUGCAAGAACCUGAUGAGGUAGCAUUGAAAAGAAAGCGCUGUCGAGAAUUGCUCAGAGCUUAUCAACAGGCGUUCCGGGACUUGGAUGAACUGCCACUGGAAGCUGAAACAAUUGAAAGGGGAUAUAAUUUGCCGGAAUCAACUGGCUUGCCUAGAAUUCAUGGCUUACCAACUUCAUCUCUAUAUUCUACAAGCAGUUCUGGAGACUACUAUGCAGCUUCCCCAAAGAACCCAAAGUCUAGAAAAUCUUCGCAUUCUGGGGAGUUUCAAUCGCCAUCACAUGCUUAUUCAGAUUCCAAUGGAAGUGGAAGACCAUUCACGUCAGGUUUCUAUCCCACGGUCGACGAUUGAGCUAGUGGAAUGAAUGUUACUGUCUGUCCAAUUAGAUUAAUUCAAGUCAUUUUAUUCAUUUUAUUAUAAUAUGCACCCCUCCAGGAGUUGGAAUUCAGGCUCCUGGAGGUAGUCUGCAGGGAAAUCACUGCCUUUUUUUUUUUUAAAUAUAUAUAAAAAAACAUUAAAUAGAAUGGUCUUUGAAUGUUGGCCAAUGCUUUUUUCCUACUUCAAUUGUUCCCUGCAACAUAUAGGAUUGACACUCUGUCACAACAGUCCAGGGAAAAAGAAAGCUCUCUCAAAUUUUUGAUGAUCAGAUUUCAAUGUGUUGCCAAGUGCUGUUCAUACCAGUUUUCCAGGUUGGCCGUUAGGCUGUUAAAACACAGAACGCCGUGUAAAAUGCAGUUCCAACAUUUUAUUGGCUGCAAUGACAUACAUUUGAAUGAGAUAUUAUGAUUGUUUUGCA